CUCCUGUGACCCGCGGAGGACAGCCCCGCCGGCCGAGCGCCCGCGGACAGCGCGGAGAGCCCCCGACGGGCCGGUGCGGAGACACCGCCGAGCGGCUGCGGCCGUCAGCAACUUCCCCGACCCGGAGGCACCGGGGCGAGGGGACAAGUGGCUCCGGGUCCCGGAGCGAACUUUUGCUCCGCCUUGUCUCCGGCGGCGCUCGAGAGAAGGCAGCCGCGAGCGGCCGAGGGGGAGGCGAGACCCGAGCUCGGCGUGGCGCGCACCGGUUGCUGAACUUGGGCGAGCGCGAGCCGCGGUCGCCGCGCGUCCCCCUCCCCCUUGCAGCGGAGGAGGGGACCGACGUCCGAGUCCCGGGGCGGGGGGGGGGAGCGGCCGAGACCCGCCACCGGCCGUCACCGCGGGGGGCUCGGCGCCCAGCAGCGCCGCGGGAGAGCCGCCGUCGCCGGGGGAGGCGCGAUCGUCCGCGGGCUCCCGAGGAUCCGGAGCGAACCCCGGAGCGCUCAGUGAGUGACCGCGACUUUUCAAAGCCCGGCCGCGCGCGCGCGCGAGCGAGCCAGCCAGCGAGCGGACAAGAAGCCGGGACCAGCGCGCUGUGGGGGCCCCGAAACUUCUGCCCACCGCCCAGGCUAACCCCGCGUGAAGUCACGGACUGUUCUAUGACUGCAAAGAUGGAAACGACCUUCUACGACGAUGCCCUCAACGCCUCGUUCCUCCAGUCCGAGAGCGGCGCCUACGGCUACAGUAACCCCAAGAUCCUGAAACAGAGCAUGACCCUGAACCUGGCCGACCCCGUGGGCAGCCUGAAGCCGCACCUCCGGGCCAAGAACUCGGACCUGCUCACCUCGCCCGACGUGGGUCUGCUCAAGUUGGCGUCGCCCGAGCUGGAGCGCCUGAUCAUCCAAUCCAGCAACGGGCACAUCACCACCACGCCGACCCCCACCCAGUUCCUGUGCCCCAAGAACGUGACGGAUGAGCAGGAAGGCUUCGCCGAGGGCUUCGUGCGCGCGCUGGCCGAACUGCACAGCCAGAACACGCUGCCCAGCGUCACGUCGGCGGCCCAGCCGGUCAGCGGGGCGGGCAUGGUGGCCCCCGCGGUGGCCUCGGUGGCGGGCG